AUGACGAUUGAAGGUUCACUUGGAUGUUUUAGAAUUACAGCAGGUAAGACAGUUAGCAUUCCGCCCAGGAGUGAGAUUAUUGUUCCUGGUAAAGUAUGUGUUCCAGAGGGUUCAAAUCUGCCAUACUGCGAGAGUAUCAUUGAACCAGUUGACAAGUACAACAAACAGCAGAGCACACUAACUGCGAGAACAGUGGUAAAUCCCCAAGAAACUGUGCCAGUUAGACUCAUGAACAUUGAGCAAGAGUCAAAGGUGGUGCACUCUGGGACAGUAAUUGGUCAACUUGCUGAAAUAGACACAGUGAAGGACUCACUAGUAAAUAAGGAAUCAGCCACUACCAACGUUCUGCGCAAGGAUUUGUCUGAUCUACUUCAUAAGAGUAAGGACAACAUGACUCCUACACAGUUCCAGCGGGCAGAAGGCUUUCUGUUAAAAUAUACCAACUUGUUUGCAGAAAAUAGCUUGGGCGGGACUGGAAAAGUUAAGCAUCAAAUCGACACAGGUGACAGUAGACCUAUUAAACAAAGACCACGAAGGGUACCAGCUCACUUGACAGAUGAAGUGUACAAAAACAUAGACGACAUGCUUGAAAAAGGUGUCAUACAGCCCUCCAACAGUCCAUGGUCCUCACCAAUAGUCUUGGUCAGGAAGAAAGAUGGGACGUAUAGGUUCUGUGUUGACUAUCGUCGCUUAAAAGUUGCACUAUACAUGUGCAUACCCUCUCCCGAGGAUUGA